AUGGUCGGAAUACCAGAGAAUGAAAGAGUGAUAGUCGGAGGGGAUCUAAAUGGUCAUGUUGGUGGAAGGAAAGGUGGGGAAGAGAGGUGGCAUGGAGGAUGGGGGUAUGGCGAGAGAAAUGAGGAAGGAAAAAAGAUAGUGGAGUUUGAAGUGGCCUUUGAUCUAGUGAUUACGAAUACCUACUUCCAAAGAAAAAGAGAAAAACUAAUAACAUACAGGAGUGGCGAAAAUAAAAGCCAAAUUGAUUACAUAUUAUGUAUAAGGAAAAAUAGUGGGGAGGUGCGAAAUACUAAGGUCAUAUAUGGUGAAGGAAUAGCAACACAACACAAGUUGACUGUAGCGGAUAGUGACAUGAAAGUAUGUAAAAGACAGAGGCACAUAAAUCAAUGUGAAAGGGAAAGUAAGUGGUGGAGAUUAAAGGACAAACAUUUGAGAGAGAAGUUUAGUGAAAAAGUACUGGAAAAGGUAAAAUUGGCAGAGAGUGUGCAGGAGUGGUGGAAAAUAAAUAGUGCUGCUAUAAGGAAGACCGGGGAGAAACUGUUUGGGUUAACAUCUGGGAGAAGGGUGCCAAAAGAUAAGGAAGCCUGGUGGUGGAAUGAAGAGGUGCAGAAGGUUGUGAAGGAAAAGAAAGACGCUAAGAGGAAGUGGGGUAUGUCCGGAAGUGCUGAGGAUGGGCAAGCAUACAAAAGUGCAAAGAAGGAGGCAAAACGAGCCGUGGCUAAAGCUAAAGUUGAAUCAGUAAGAGGGGCAUACGAAUAA